AUGAUCCACAUCCUCACAGUGAUGCUUCUGAAAACACAACUCUCUGUGGUUUCAGCUUUAUUUAUAGUUGAAGUUCCUUAACAGCUAUACAUUGCAAAGUAUGGGAGCAAUGUCACCACAGAAUGCAGAUUCCCUGUGACUGGCUCAUUAAACCUAGGACUUCUGACUGUCAUUUGGGAGCAAAAAAGGCAGGUCCAGUCAAAAUCAAACGAGGUGUACACACUCUGCAAUAGAAAACCAUUCCUUCCAUCCCAACAUCAUGAUUACAUAGAAAGAGUAGCACUUCUGCACUGUGAACUGAAACUGGGAUGAGCUAUCCUUCAUACUAUCAGUGUGAACAUCACAGAUGCAGGAUCAUACCUUUGUCUCAUCGACUACCAUGUUGUGGACUACAAGUACAUUACUUUGAAAGUAAAAGCAUCCUACAAGAGAAUGAACAUUCACUUAAUGAAAAAACUAGAUAAAGACAAUUUUGCUUUAUCAGAAGCCUUUCCUCUGGCAGAUAUUUUCUGGCAAAAUGAGAACUUCAAUCUCAGUGUUUCUGCAAACAGCACCUAUAUGCCAACUGCAGAAAGCCUCUAUGAUGUCACCAGCAUCCUGACAUUCACACCAAAUAUGAGUGAGAACUACAGUUGUGUGUUGAAACAACUGAAUGGAGAAACUUCAGCUCACAUUUCCACUUCAGCUUUAGUGAGUCCACAAUAUAGCAGACAAACAUCCCUGAUCUUAUUUAUCAUCCCCAUGUGUGUGAUGGUAGCUGUCUUUCCCUCUGCACUAAUAAUAUUUCAAAAGAGAAAACCAUUCAAGAAUAGGCAACUCCCAAAAGAUGUGAAAAGAAAAAUGAACACUAACCUGAAAGAUAAGAACAAUGAUUAUUUUAACUCUCAGACUGAGGCUUAAUGCUUGCCAACUGUCAAAGCCUCAAGAGACAGUGGAAGUGUGAGUCCUUGA